AUGGAGGCGUCUAUGUAUCUUUCCAACUAUCCAAAAAAACCAUUAAUUACAGGUAUUACAAAAGCACCGUCCUGUAAACUAUUAUCGCCUUCAAAAAAUCCAACAUAUAAGUUACCUUUGCCAAAAUUAACCACCACCGGAGAUAAACUUCUUAAUCCACUUCAAAAACUAGCAGCCUCGGCUCUAGACUUUCUAGACCAAGCACUUGUAAAAAUUGAAAAAAAACAUAAACUCCCUAGCACGAUUGACCCGGAGAUUCAGUUAAUGGGAAACUUUGCCCCAGUUCCUGAAUGUCCGGUUCAACAUGCAUUGGAAGUAAUAGGUGAAAUACCAGUUGGCUUAACCGGGGUGUACCUUAGAAAUGGGGCCAACCCGAUGCUUAAACCAACUGGUGGUCACCAUUUAUUUGACGGUGACGGCAUGAUACAUGCAGUCACGUUGGGACCAGACAAUAAAGCCAGUUAUUGUGGUCGGUUCACUCGAACCAGCCGUUUAGUCCAAGAACAAUCACUAGGCCGGGCUUGUUUUCCUAAGCCAAUAGGUGAGCUGCAUGGCCACCUUGGUUUAGCCCGGCUCGCGUUGUUUUACGCUAGAGGUUUAGCCGGUAUCAUAGAUACGGCUCAUGGGACCGGCGUAGCAAAUGCGGGUUUGAUUUAUUUUAACGGUAGGUUGUUAGCAAUGUCGGAAGAUGAUUUGCCUUAUAGUAUAAGGAUAAAAAAUGAUGGUGAAAUAGUGACAUGUGAACGUUUUGAUUAUGACGGACAAGUUAAGUGUCCUUUAAUUGCACAUCCUAAAGUGGACCCUGUCACAGGUGAACUUUUUUCGUUAAGUUACGAUGUUGUGAAAAAACCAUACCUUAAAUUCUUUAGUUUUGAUAAAAAUGGUCAUAAGUCACGUGAGGUUUCUAUUUCACUAGACCAACCGACAAUGAUACAUGACUUUGCUAUCACGCAAACUCACGUGAUCAUUCCGGAUCUCCAAGUUGUAUUCAAGUUAUCCGAAAUGGUUUGGGGCAAAUCACCCGUGGUCCAUGACCUCAAUAAGGUAUCAAGAUAUGGUAUCUUACCUAUAUCCGCUGAAAAUGAAUCGGGUAUCCAAUGGAUCAAUGUACCCGAUUGCUUUUGUUUCCAUUUAUGGAAUGCAUGGGAGGAAGACGACUUGGAUAAUGGUGAUAAAAUCAUUGUCGUAAUCGGGUCGUGCAUGACUCCUCCAGAUGCCAUAUUUAACGAAAACAACGUUGAGCCUCUUAGAAGUGAAUUAACCAAAAUUCGGUUAAACACGACAACCGGGAAGUCAUCUAGACGUGUUAUCGUGUCUGGAAUGAACUUGGAUGCAGGAAAUGUAAACAAAAGAUGUCUUGGACGUAAAACACGUUUUGCUUAUUUUGCAAUAGUAGAACCCUGGCCAAAAUGUAGCGGCAUGGCCAAGGUUGACGUGGAGACAGGACAUGUCUCCAAAUUAUUCUACGGAAACCAAAGAUUUGGAGGCGAAACAUGUUUCGUUCCUAUAGGGAAUAUUGGUGAUCAUAAGGAAGACGAAGGGUAUAUAAUGAGUUACGUUAGGGAUGAGGAAAAAGAGAUGUCCGAAUUAGUUAUAGUUGAUGUUUCUAGUAUGAAGCAAGUAGGGAUGGUGAGAUUACCUACUAGAGUUCCAUAUGGUUUUCAUGGCAUUUUUGUUACUACUCAAGAUUUAGCUUAUCAAUUUUAA